GUCAGGCCUCUCUCAGCCAGAUUGUGGGAGAUUGUGAGCAUUCGUCUUGUGCUUCUUCUAUCUGAUUCUGGGAACGAGCUACAGGCUCCAGUCACUUACUUCCUCAAAGCUCGAUAGAGUUUAGUACUGAGAUUGUGAGACAGUCUUGCAGUGCUUUCCAGCUGAAGAAAUGGCCAACAACGUCAAUGCCGCUGCUUACAAACACCGGAGGGCUGUUGGGCCAGCGACAGUUCUCGCUAUUGGCAAGGCGACUCCCCCCACAGCGUAUCCUCAGAGCGAGUACCCGGAUUUCUUCUUCAACAUAACUAACUGCAAUCACAAGACUGAGCUCAAAGCCAAAUUCGCUCGAAUUUGCAAGAACUCAGGGAUCAACAAAAGGUACUUCCAUUGCACAGAGGACAUCCUGAAGGCGAAUCCUUCGAUGUGCACGUACCUGGAACCUUCUCUGGAUAUCCGACAAGAUAUUGCCAUCAGAGAGGUGCCCAGAUUGGCAGAAAAGGCAGCGAUUGAGGCCUUGGCAGAAUGGGGCCAACCAAGAGAGCAAAUCACUCAUGUCGUGUUUGCAACCACGAGCGGAGUGAACAUGCCCGGAGCGGACCUCACUCUAACCAGGCUCUUGGGUUUGAACCCGAACGUGAACCGCACCAUGCUCUACCAACAAGGCUGCUUCGGAGGCGCAACAGUCCUGCGCGUCGCCAAAGAUCUGGCUGAGAACAACAAGGGCGCCCGUGUGCUGACAGUGGUGAGCGAGCUCACGUGUGUGACCUUCCGUGCACCCAACGAAGAACAUCUGGACAAUCUGGUGGGUUCAGCCAUCUUCGGCGACGGAGCUUCAGUACUAGUCAUCGGAUCUGAUCCUAUACCUGAGGUGGAGAAACCCCAGUUCGAGAUUCACUGGUCAGGGGAGACUAUUUUGCCAGAGAGCGAUGGUGCUAUUGAGGGCCGGCUGACAGAAGCUGGACUCAUUUUCCAUCUGCUGAAGGACGUCCCCGGCCUCAUCUCCAGAAACACCCUUCCCAUUUUCAACAAAGCAAUUGAAGUGGCAGGAUCUCCGAGCUGGAACGAUCUGUUCUGGUGUGUACACCCGGGAGGCCGUGCCAUUCUGGACGAAGUGGCCAAGACUCUGAGCUUGAAGCCGGAGAAAUUGGAGGCGACGAGAGAUAUUCUGUACAAUUACGGAAACAUGUCCGGUGCUAGCGUGCUGUUCGUGCUGGAUCAGAUGAGGAGGCGGUCGGCUGAGAAGAACAGCUUAACCACAGGAGAAGGAUGCGAGUGGGGGCUGGUAGUUGGAUUCGGACCCGGUUUGACAGUCGAAGUUUCGGUACUGAAAGCCAUUGCCACUGGUCACUAAACUCCUAGACUAAGGCCGAUCACUCGGAAGUGAUUUUUGAUAAUAUAUCUCCUACCUCCAUAGAAGUUUUUAAAUUUAGAUAACGAAAGGGAAGUCCUUGGAUUCUGCGAAUCCUGUACGCUAGGUAAUGUUUCCCCGAGGACUGCCGCAACAUGCAGAACAGUCUAGCACGGAAUUAUAUCACUCGUUACAGUACCAUAUACUACGGUAGAGGGGAGGGAGAUCUGUUGAUAAGAGGUACGGCUCAAUUGCAGCCUAAGACUGUAGCCGCUUAUGCCACAAACCUAGGAUGAUUCUUUGUGUCGAGACGUACGAGCUUGUGAAAGCGUGUACCUUACAUCGGCAAUACCUGUAUAUAAAAGGGAAUCGCUUAAAGUUUCUUCUA